UAUUUCUUUUUGUUGUGCUAUUUAUAUUUCCGCCCCAUUUUGCCGGGGCUAGAGGUCAUAAAUAUUAAUGUUUGUUUUGAUCAUGGCGUCGGCCAUAAGGAUCUUGUUGUUUGCUAGUUUAUUACUACAGAAAUGUAGAAUCAGUAACGGUUCUAAUCACUGGAUUGUAACGGAGGAUGGUAAAAUACAAGCUCAGGUUGAUUCAGUGUACAGUAUGAGGCGUCCUUAUGACCUUGUGGCGUUCAUGAAGCAAGAAGAACGAGCUAAUAUGUUGAACAGCUUGAAAAAAGAGUUGCUAAGCAGGAAAGAUGAAAUUGAUAAAAAUGAAGAUAGGGAUACAGGACUGGAACAAAAGUUCUACAAGACCAAUCCAGAUUGUAUAGAAGCAGGGAAACCUCUACCAGAAUUUGACCUGUAUAUCAGCACUGUAUUGCCUUUAGAGAAUAAAGGAAUUAGGCCAGAGGAGCACAUUGAUAUCAAUGCACCACCUAUUGCUAGUCCCAAAUCCCCAGAGUGUUCAGUAUUUACAGAUUUAGACUUCAGCAUUCAUGCCUUUGAACAUUUAGAGGGCAUGAAGGCAAGGCAUAAUUUGUCUGGCACCCCAGAGUUAGGGUUGAAGAAUGCCAUCACUCACAAAGAGAAUGUGGAUGAUUAUGGACAUCUAGUUUAUGAGGCUCUAACCAAGAACAAAACAUCUUGGAUAUUGUACAACAUGGCAGCAUUUUAUUGGAGAAUAAAGGGAAACCCUUAUCAAGCUGUUGAGUGUAUCAGACGAGCAUUGCAUCAUUCACCCAGAUUGCAGAAAGAUGUGGCUCUCAUCAGUUUGGCCAACAUUCUUCAUAGAGCCAGAUUCUCAAGUGAAGCAGCCAUACUAGUGCAUGCAGCUUUGGAGAUGUCUAAAGAGCUGAAUGUGAAUCAUUUCACCUUAGGAAAUAUUUAUGCAGUUCUAGGAGAGUAUAAUAAAUCUAUCAUUUGCUUUGAAAACACUUUAAAAAUUCAGCCAGACUUUGAAGCAGCAGCCAAGAGACGUCAUGCAGUGCUGUGUCAUUCCAAAUUGGAAUUGGCUCUUGAAGCACAGCAUAGAUCUCUGCAGAGAACUUUAAAAGAUUUGAAAGAUUAUCAGAGAAAACAUGACCUUUUCCAAACUCAAAGUGAUAAGCUUUUAGCCGAGCAGGUUCCACACGAGGCGAAGGUCUCCCAGCAUUAUGCCUAUGAGCAGUUGAAGUUGAGGGAAAAAACAUCAGAGAUGGGUGAGUUCUGCAGGAUGGUAGACAAAGAAGGGAAGCAAGUACUCCUCUGUACCUGGUCCAGGCGCUCACCCACUCUGGACUUCAAUUUUGCUUUCCUGGAUGAGUCAGAAGAUAAAGCUAAAGAAAAGAACAAAUCAGAAAAACUGGUAGAAUCAACUGUUAACCCUAAAAGUCCAGACUAUGGUCAGCCAGUGAGAGCACCAAUUUACUCCAAGUACAAGAAACAUAAGCCAUCAGAUACAGAUGCACAUCUUCAGCCAAACUGGCCUCGUAAAGAUGAAUGUGAUUCAAUGGUUAAAAAAGUUCCUGACCCCAGAAAUCUUACAACAAUUUAUCUAUCUCCAGAAAACAAAGGUUUUGAAGUCAAAGAACUUCUGACUUCAGCUCAGGGUCUUGAGCCAGGUGGGGAACAUCCUCUGCCCUGGUACCCGCCUGUGUGUGUCCCACUAAUGGAGCUAGCUGAAGGUAACCCGACAGUGUAUGACCACCUUAAGUCUGUCAGCUAUGCUGAGAGGUCAAGGAUACCCCUGAAGUAUAAUGACCUGUCGAUGAGAGAGAUUUUAUUGAGUCUUGUCAAUGAUGGAGCUGUUACUGAAGAGGAAGUGGGUCAAAGAAUACUUACAGCAUUAAAGCAGAAUAUUGGUCCCCAGUGGAUAUUGUAUAAUUUGGCUGGCCUCUACUGGCGGAUCAUUGGCAACAACUACCAUGGCAUUGAGUGCAUCCGUAGGUCAAUAUAUCUUUGUCCCCAGCAGUACAAGGAUGUUCCUUUGGUUAAUCUGGCCAACAUCCUAUAUCGUUAUGGGCGCUACGAUGAUGCCAUUAUAAUCAUGAGAGAUGCUUUGGACAUUAACGAUGCUGAACCCUCUACUCAUUUCUUUUUGGGCCACUUGCUCUGGGCUACCCGCAAUUAUACUGGUGCUACCCACCACUACCAUGAGGCUCUGGCUGCUGACCCCAGUUACCAAGGAGCUCUAGAUGCUGUGAGAGCCAUGAAGUGCUACCUCAAGUACCAUCAUGCAGCUCAGAGUGCAGCCCCGCAAGAGUCUCCAGCCAAUGGACAGGGAAACAAUUGUCAACCGAAACCAUCAGAAACAGAGAGCAGGGUCAUAUGUAAAACUGAAAACAAUGAAGAGAAAUGUAUUAUUGAGACUCGUUCACGUAACAGAAUUGCUGAUUGUAAUGGGCAAUGUACUCAGACAUGUACUAUUACUCCUGUCAAGGUUGAUGGCUGCAGCAGUAGCAAUGAACUUAACCUGGAGAACUCGAUAAAGAAGACUAUGUGUGGGUGCAAGCUGAAAAGCUAUUGUUCAGGCAAAGGAGUCAAGCAAUUCUCGUCUGAACAAGAUGAAAUGUUAUUUUCUACCGACUUUACCAGCAAACUUGAUGAAGUCAGCCAGUAUUAUGAGAAGAAAGGUCUUUGUGAAGGGGAUGAAUGCAGUCAUCUAAGAGUGCAGUGCCUCCUCCCCAUGACUACACACUCUGGUCUUAUAGCUCAUGUUAUCACACCGCCAAAACUGUUUGUGCGACCAGUUGCUUACCACGCUGCCCAGUGUCCGGGUAACCAGAGACCUCACACCAAGCUGGAAUAUGUUGAAGGAGUUUUGAAACAUCAGCUGAUCUUUUUACAGGUGUCACCGUCUGAGAUGCAGAUUGAUGCUGAGGACUGUGUUAUUUUCAAUGAUGGCACCAAGUCUGCUGGCUGUAGUAGAGAAGAGUUUAGAACCUAUAUAGAAGAGGUCAGCUCAGAUUUGAUCACACUGGAGGAGAUGUCGUUUCUUUCUCAGCAGAAGUUUCAUGGUGUGGACGGUGAACGCUUUGUACCAAACGGAUGGAAACUUGUCACUGUGGAAGGGGUGAGCAAAGGAUUCCUUCUGGAGAAAAUAUCUCUUGACUCGCUGUUGUCUCUGGGCAAAGAAAUGAGUGAAAACUUAUCACCGAAGCAGUCCAAAGAGGUGGAAUCAGCCCCACAAGAUGUUAUGGGGCCACCAUCCACUGUGAAAACAAAUGCAGAGGUGGAGGCCCCACCACCUAUGAGGCCUAGAUCUAGUGAGGUCAAAGCCUCUCUCUCCACAACGCAGAAGCCUGAUGAGGUGGAGGCACCUCCUUUUCUGUCCAGCUCAAGUCGAAGUAAGGAUGAAGCACUGAGAUCCAAGUACACAGAGGAUAUAGACCUACCAGAUCCAUCUGUACAUCUACGUAAACUGAUUAAGUUUGAUUGGCCAACUGUGGACUGUACUGGGUUUGAGCAAAUUAAUUUUGAGGAGUUUACAAGUACAUGGCUGUGUCCAACAGCUAAAGAAAUCAAUCUAGCAGAUUACAUUGACUUUUCCUCGCUCAUUAAACAUGGAACCAAGGAGCCCUGGUGUGGUACUGAACAAGUCUCACCACUAAGAGCAAUGGAUCAUCUCUUAGGUGUCCAGACCAGAGAAGAUCAGACACCUGCCUCAGAACUGGCUCUAACUCAGGUCUUACAGUCACUGGGUGGAGAAUCAGAACCAUCCAGUAUUAUUGGAACCCGCAUCGCUGAUGCUUUGACGCAGAACUCUUCUUCUUGGAUUGCAUACACAUUGGCCUCUCUGUACUGGAGAAUAGAAGGAGACAGUGAGAAGGCAAUAGAUUGUAUCAGGAUGGCUCUCACCUAUGUACCACAUCUAUAUAAGGAUACAGCACUAGUCAGUUUGGCCAAUCUCCUGCACCAGUCUGGUUAUUUAAAUGAUGCUAUUGUUGUUGCCAAUGCUGCAUUAGAUGUAGAUGACAGAUUGUCUGUGACACAUUUCACUAUGGCUAAUUUGUAUGCAGCUAAGGGAGAUUGGGAACAUGCCAGAUUGUUCUAUCAGUCUACACUAGGACUACAGCCAGCAUUCCAACCUGCCUUGAACAGAUUAAAAUCUAUUGUGUGUAGAUAAUAUGAUUAAAUAAUGCCUUCACUUAUUUAUUAUUUAUUAAGUAUUGAUAUUUCUUUGUCACUUUCAUUAUUUAGUUAGUAAUAUAUUAAUUUGUAUAAAUUAAUAUAUAGUACUUAUUUUUGAAACAAAAAAGGAGAGGGGAGUUGUUUUGGACAAAAGGGAAACAUUAUUUCAAACACAUUUUUGUUUUCUUUUUGUGACACUCAACCUCUUUAAGGGAUAGCACAGUCACCUUCACUUUCACAAACUGUUGCUGGUUUGUUGUUUUGUUUGAUUUGCCUGAGUUUCUAGCUCAUUCCUUUUAAAAAAUAAAAUGGCCUCAUCCACCUAAUGCCAAAAUCUAAAUAUUAUAGUGUGUCAAACAUUGAAUGACCAAAAAUAAAAAACUGAUUUUGAAAAGGUCACAUAUAAAAAUGUGGUUUCAUGAGAAUGCUUUGAUCUGUUCAUUUGUAUUUUAUUUCACUUUGAUCUGGAUUAAAAUGUCUCUUCUAGAA